GAUGACGAGACACCUUGUGCCUUAGAUUUGGCCUACAGAGCGAGACGUUUGGUAACUAAAGCAAGCACUGGUCGCUGGAGUCCAAGAACAACUGAGCGAGAGAUUCGUGAUAACAUCGCAGAUCUAAGAAGAGUGAUAAUGUCACAGGGGGAAAGCGAAGUUCACAUAUACAAGCUAGCUGAGCUGACUCAAAACCUGCAGGUUGUGAAAAAUCAGUCAUGGGAGAAGAGGAGGGAAGAGUCAGACAAGAUGAAAGUCAAAAUAAAGAAAAACGUGUCCUUGAAUGGCAGUCAGCGGUGUCCUGGAGAUCAUCACACUGAGCACAGAGAGAGUACAGAAGCAGCGAAAUACCUUCAGGACCAGCUGAGACGGGAGAUGGAAGAACACAUCAGGGGUAGCAUGCUGCGAUUCGAAGAAAUCUCACUUUAUACACGUAGGACCAGUCAUGAGCAGCAUAAUCUGCGUGUUUCUUACAUUCACAGAAGGUAAAGGGAAUGUAGAAAAAGUCCAGGAGAGGGUGGCGAGAAUCCAGCAGCUGAAGGAAGCUCUCAGAGAGGAGACCCUAAAGAGUGGGGCCGCUGCAGGGAAAUCUCCACUCUGUCAACAAUUUCAGUUGGAAUACAACAAAGCAGAGGAGCGGAGGAGGCUACUUAAGGAGGAUCAUGGGAGAUUAAUUCGGGAGGAGGUGGAGAAAAUGGAGAGGGAACUGGCACAGGAACAGCUACCGACAGAAGGCCCUCAGAGAGAGCUGCUGGUCCUGACCAGAGAGAGGCAGGUCCUGGUGCUGCAGAUAGAGGCCCUACGUGCUGAGGCCCAGCAGGCUGAGAGAGACCUCCAGGAUCAAUAUCACAGACACCAAGCAGAGCUGCACUGUCUGCGGGAGGAGAGCCUGCAGGUUUUCAGAGUGUUUCGUCAGGUGACUGAGGAGCAGAGGAAGAUCUCAGAGAGCAGGUACAGGAGCGUGCUGCUGGAAGCCGUGCAGGAUGCCAUCUACUUGUCUGCCCAGAACCAGCAACUCCAAGCUGACAACAAACAACUCCGUAAAGCACUGGGAGAGAUAAAAGAUACUCUAGCUGUGCGAAGUGAUCCCACGGCUGACCUGAUAUCCCAGCAACAAUGAAUACACAAUAAAUAAACGCUGACUGAA